AUGCAGGUAACAAAGAUACCUCAUCCAAGAUCUAGACAGCUUCUUACACCUACAGCUUCGACAUCUAUAAAAAAUGAUCCUCCCCAAGAAGAUCCAGACACCCCCAGAAAGAAGCAUCUUAGAAGACAACUUUUUGCAGAAAGGGUAAAGAGCCAAGAGAAAUCCAGAGAAAUAAAAGUUUUGAAUCAGUGGGUGAGAAGACUGAAAAGACAUAUUGUUUCUCUCAAUCAAAUAGUGAAAGACUUAAAACAAAAUAAUUUGGUAUCUUCUGAAAGCUCAGUUCUGCUUGAAAACAUGCCAGAAAUUACGAAGCAAUUACAAAAGCGUAAGUUGGGAAAAAAGCUUCAGUAUUCUCCAGAACUGUGA